AUGGGCGUAACAGGACUGUGGAAUAUAAUAACGCCGCUGAGCAAAGCUGUUGCUCUGGCUGAAUUACGUGGGAAAAGUGUUGCUGUCGAUCUCAGUUGCUGGAUUGUUGAUAGUUCCACUGUCGGUCCUGACGAUGGUUGCUUGAAUAAACAUCUGAGAAACAUUUUUUUCCGCACUGUCGCUCUGCUGAUGAACGGCAUAAACCCAGUGUUCGUUCUCGAGGGCACAGCUCCGGUUCUGAAGCACGAUGUCAUACGCGAGAGAAGUCAGAUGCGUAACAAGAAGAAAACUGAGACCAAGAAAGAUAAUCAGAGGUCUAAUGGCCGCGGGUAUAUGUUCAAUCGCACGGUCAAUGAUUGUAAGAUGAUGUUGAAUUUGAUGGGGCUCACUUGUGUCAAAGCACAUGGAGAGGCUGAAGCUAUAAAUUUCACGAUAACUGAUAAAAUAGGAUUUGGUAGUUCAGUAGAAGAGUACUCAUUGGAGAGGAUAGAAAAAAUUUACAGUAUUGGUCGCAAUAAGAUGAUUGGUCUGGCAUUGUUGUGUGGUUGUGACUAUGAUUCUGGAAUUCCUGGAGUUGGAAAGGAAGGAGCUAUUAAAUUACUUCGAGCAGCUAAUGAAAAAGAUAUCUUAAAUAGGCUCAAAAAUUGGAGAACUGACGGAAGUAUUUAUAAAUUAGAAACAGCUGUUGCUGCGUCAAAAAAUAUUUCAGAUGAAAUGAAAAAAUUGAUAUCAAAUGAACUAUUGAUUCGUAAAAAGUGUAUCGCGAUUGAUAGCUUCCCGAAUCAAGAGUUAAUAGAUGAAUUUACGGUACGCAAAGGCAAGGUACCGAGGACAAUUACCAAGUGGGAGUGUCCCAAUGUAUUAGAGCUGGUUAAAUUUAUGGAGAAGAAAUUAAAGUGGACCGCCGACUACACUAUCGAAAAAGUAUUCCCACUAUUAACGCGAUGGCACAUCGAAAACCAAUCAAAGCAGACUCCGGAACCGGGAACGGCAUCAACUGAGGAACUAAUUCCGAAAGUAAUUAAAAAAAUUCGGACUAUCCAAUCGGUCUGUUACUACGAAAUAGAGUGGGAAGUAAUAAGCGAGAUUGAAUGCUUUAUCAAAUUAGGAGAGGAAGAAACGGAGGAUAAUUGUAAAAGAAAUUUAAUAACAACUCUCGAGCCAAUUGAUCUUGUUAAAUUAGUCUAUCCUAGUUUAGUCGAGGGCUUUGAAGACGCCAAGAAUGCAAAAAAAAAGUCUCGCAAGAAACCCAAGCCCGUGGAGGGUGACAAGGAGAACGUGGUGAAGCCGAAGAACAGCAGAAAACUCAAAGCCAAACCCGAGGAGACUCAGGAGAAAAAAAUCUAUGAUUUCUUCAUGAAGACUAAAAACACCAGAAAGUCUGGCAAUCAGGAUAAUUUGAAGCUCGCCGAGUUAAAUGGCUCCGUCAGCAGCUUGUUUGAUGAUCUAGUCGAGCAGGAUUUUUCAACCGACGUAGAUGAAGACUCUCCCAACAUGUCGAUGAUUGUAGAGAAAAUGUAUCAGCAUCUAGACGGAGCUCACAAGGAGCCAAUUGAUAUUUCUUCUCCCAAGGCUAACGAUAAAAUUAAUGAUGAUACUGUUAACACGACAUUAAAGGAUGAUUUGGAUGAAUUUGAUAUUCCCUACAUCCCUCUGAGUGAUCGUAUCAAAUAA